UUUCUUCCUCUCUUCUUUUUCCAUUUCAAAAUCCUUUUCUGCUAAGCUAAAAAAAAAAAACACCAAAAGAAAGAAAAGAAAAAGAAAAUGGGGGAUCAGAUAGCUAGGGGAGAAGAAUUCGAGAAAAAAGCAGAGAAAAAACUAAGCGGUUGGGGACUUUUCGGUUCCAAACACGAUGACGCUGCUGAUUUGUUCGAUAAAGCUGCUAAUUGUUUCAAACUCGCUAAAUCAUGGGAUCAAGCUGGAGCAGUAUAUGUCAAAGUAGCGAAUUGUUAUCUGAAGUUGGAUAGCAAACAUGAGGCUGCUGGUGCUUAUGCUAAUGCUGCUCAUUGCUACAAGAAGACAAAUACGAGAGAGGCAAUAUCAUGUCUAGAGCAGGCAGUAAACAUGUUUCUGGACAUUGGAAGGCUAAAUAUGUCUGCAAGAUAUUACAAGGAAAUUGCUGAAUUAUAUGAACAAGAGCAAAAUUUGGAGCAGGCUAUCAUUUACUAUGAGAAAGCUGCUGAUCUUUUCCAAAGUGAGGAUGUAACAACAUCUGCAAAUCAGUGCAAGCAGAAAAUUGCACAAUUCUCUGCUGAACUAGAAAAAUAUCAAAGAGCAAUUGAGAUCUUUGAGGAGAUAGCACGGCACUCUGUCACCAACAACUUGUUGAAAUAUGGAGUUAGAGGGCAUCUUCUAAAUGCUGGUAUUUGCCAACUUUGUAAAGGUGAUGUUGUUGCAAUAAACAAUGCAUUGGAGCGAUAUCAGGAACUGGAUCCAACAUUUUCAGGGACACGCGAGUGCAAGUUGCUAGUGGAUUUGGCAGCUGCUAUUGACGAGGAAGAUGUUGCUAAGUUCACUGGUUCUAUCAAGGAAUAUGAUAGCAUGACAAAGCUGGAUGCUUUGAGGACAACACUUCUUCUCAGAGUGAAGGAAGCAUUGAAGGCGAAGGAGCUAGAGGAAGAUGACCUUACUUAAAUUGAUCUUCUCUGAGAUUGGUUGUAUAUUGCAUUGCUUAUGAUGCCAAUUUAUUUCUACUGGUUGAUUGUUUCUUAUCAUAUUACUUAUACAUCUCAUUGUAUUGGUUGAGUAUGACUAUCAAAUUGAGUUCGACUAUCGACAAGGUUUUAGCCUGGUAGUCGGUAUUGAUGGAUUGCAUAGAGUUCUUUGUUGAAUUUCCCAUAAAAAAUACAUAGUUUUGUCUAUGUUGGUUGAGUUUGACUGCCAAAUUCAGAGGCCAAACAACUUUCAGAUAAAAAUGUUGUUACUGUGAUUGGAGUAUUAAGAACUUCUAUACAGUACUAAGUUUUUUUCUUA